CGUCGCCCUGAUCUCCCUUGCCGGGCUGGCCAUGGCCAAGGGGCAUCAGGGGAACAGCACGACGGCGCAGCACGGAACGCACGCGAACAGCACGAUGGCGCAGUGCCGCGAGGUCGCCCAGCUGACCCAUCUCGUCGACCUGGCGAACAACCAGACCCGGCUCGACAAGGUCGCCCACAGCAACGCGACCAAGGAGGCCGCCCUCAAAGCCAAGGCGGCGACUGCUGCCACCAAGCUGGCGACGCUGCAGUCCAACGCCACGCUGAUGGCGACGUGCAACCAGGUCUUCGCCGCCGAGCAGAUGCGCGCGUCGUGCGCGCGCAUGGCCGCGCUCGAGCGGCUGGCCCGCCUCGUCGCCAACGCCACCGCGCUGGACGCCGCGACCAAGAACAACGCGACCAAGGCGGCCGCGCUCAAGGCCAAGGCCGCCGCCGAAGCCGGCACGCUGUCCAGCCUGCAGGGCAACGCCACGCUGACCCAGUUCUGCUCCGUCGAGGAGACCAAGGCGAUUUGCCACGCCAUGGCCCGCCUGCAGAAGACGGUCGCCGAGGCCGCCAACGCGACCUGGCUGGACGACCACUUCAAGGGCAACCAGACCGCCAUCGCGAAGUUCAAGGACCGCGCCGCCAAGGAGCAGACCAAGCUCGCCGCGCUGCAGAGCAACAGCACCCUGACCAGCGCCUGCUCCGCUCUCAACGUAACAAGCCAGGCUUCCACCUCCACAGACACGGCCGGCAGCAGCACCACGACCACCGGCAGCGUGGCCCAGGGCGGCGCGGGCACCACGCAGCCCCUUGCGGCCCUGACCUCGCUGGCCGCCGUGCUGGUGGCCGCUGUCCUGCUGCUGUAGAAAAGAAAGUCUGGAUUGGAAUCAUGUAUGUAUGUACAUACAUGUACGGGGCAAGUGGACGGACAAACGAUGAAUAGGGGGAGUCGGGGUGACAACCCUGUCAUGCUCAUGCUUAUGCCCAUGUCCCUGUUCUGUCUUGGACGCGUGAAAGAAAAAAGUCAACUGUGCUCUGCUGUUUUCCGAGCGAGACACAGCAGGGCAGGGUGCUGGCUCGGCACCGUCGCUGUUGGCUUCUGCAUCUCUUCCUGAGGUGAAGACGAGAGGAGGGUGGGAGUGGUGUGUCGGGAACGGGUGACGCAGCGGUUAGUUGUUGCGGUAACCGUGGACGAUGGAUGGGCUCGGGACGGCGGCGG